CCAAAGAUAAUAGAAGUAAAACCAAAAGAGAGGAAAAAUAAAAUAAAGAAGGCCCAAAAUUAAAAAAAGAUAAAAAGAAGAAACAGAAAAAACAACAAAGGAAAUCUCCAUGGCCGCACUGCUUCCAAUUGUUUCAAGCACUCUGAUUGACUUGUGUUUCCUCCAUCUCUUAUAACCUGUUCCUUGUCAAAUUUCCCUUUGUAUUUAGAUGUUUCCUUGUAAAGAGUCUUGGAUUCUUGCUAAUGGGUGCUCCUAAGCAAAAGUGGACAGCGGAAGAAGAAACAGCGCUCAAAGCUGGAGUACGCAAGCAUGGGGCUGGUAAAUGGCAAACAAUACUUAGAGAUCCAGAGUUUAGCCACGUACUACGCUCCCGUUCUAAUGUGGAUCUUAAGGAUAAGUGGAGGAAUAUCAAUGUGACUUUGAGUGGCCUAGGAUCUCGUGAAAAAGCUAGGCUUGCACUUAAGAGGAAUCCGCAGAUUCCCAAACUUGAUGACAAGCCUUCAGUGGAGAACAAGGUUAGAAGUGAUGAAAAUUCUGCCGAAGCUAAACCUGUUGGUGCACCCUGUGAGGCAGUUCAGGUUGCUGAUUCAAAGAAAACUUAUGCAAGGCUGGAUAACCUUAUAUUGGAGGCUAUAACAACUCUAAAGGAGCCUAAGGGUUCUGACAGGAAUGCAAUUGCCAUGUACAUAGAGGAGCGGCAUGGGGCACCUCCAAAUCUCAGUAAAUUAUUGGGUUCAAAAUUGAAGUUCAUGACAUCAAGCGGCCAAUUAUUGAAGAUAAAGCACAGGUAUAGGAUUUCUGCAAGCUUACCUUCGUCUGAGAAUAUAAGAGAUGCAUCGGAAAGCAAACAUAAGGACCUUCCUAGGCCAGAAAACAAGGAACUUAAAAUUUUCACUAGAUCGGAGGUUGUUGCAGAAUUGGAGAAGUUGAAAAGCAUGUCACCUCAUAAAGCUGCUGCCAUGGCUGCGCGAGCAGUUGCUGAAGCUGAAGCUGCUAUUGCGGAAGCUGAAAAGGCAGCAAGGGAAGCUGAAGCUGCAGAAGCUGAAGCAGAGGCUGCACAAGUUUUUGCUGAAGCUGCAGCCAAGGCAUUAAAUUGUCGGAAACUUCGUGCAUGCUGACAUAUGUUGCAGACUGGCCCGCUUGCGAAUGCUACUGUACAUGUCUGGUACAAAUACAUGGAUCAAAUUCAAGGGUCCAAGAUUAUAGCGUUAUAGCGUGCCAUAGUGUUGAUAUUAUAAUGUAAUAUGCUUCUGUCUCUUGUAAAUUUUUCUCAUACUGAUAUCCAUCCAUGUGAAGAAACAUUCUGUUUACUUUUAAACCUUGUCUUAUGAAAGACCAGAUAGUUUGAUAGGUUGUUUAUAGGUUAGGAGAAACUAUGAUUGAAAUGAGGACAAGGCAAGUAACCAAAACUUUGAAAUUCCAGAAGAUGAUGUUUUUUUGCUGGAAUGGAUUAUAAGUCAAUUUUACAGCGAAGUCCUUUCUCAUUGGGUCGCUCUUAGCCU